CCCGGAAGUGCGGAACGGGAACCAAGAUGGCGGACCUCGGUUCCCCUCAGAAGUUGUCAGGGAUGCCUCCGCCGUCUGAAGGGGUGGGAAGUGGCCGGUGCUCCGAAGUCUCCAUCGAGCUCAUUCGCUCCCUGACAGAGCUGCAGGAGCUGGAGGCUGUAUACGAACGGCUCUGCGGCGAGGAGAAAGUGGUAGAGAGAGAACUAGAUGCUCUUUUGGAACAACAAAACACCAUUGAAAGUAAGAUGGUCACUCUCCACCGAAUGGGUCCCAACCUGCAGUUGAUUGAGGGAGAUGCAAAGCAGCUAGCUGGAAUGAUCACCUUUACCUGCAACCUAGCUGAAAAUGUAUCCAGCAAAGUCCGUCAGCUUGAUCUGGCCAAGAACCGCCUUUAUCAGGCCAUUCAGAGAGCUGAUGAUAUUUUGGACCUGAAGUUCUGCAUGGAUGGAGUUCAGACUGCUUUGAGAAAUGAAGACUAUGAGCAGGCUGCAGCCCAUAUUCACCGCUACUUGUGCUUGGACAAGUCAGUCAUUGAGCUCAGCCGACAGGGCAAAGAAGGGAGCAUGAUUGACGCCAACCUAAAAUUGCUGCAGGAAGCGGAGCAGCGUCUCAAAGCCAUUGUAGCAGAGAAGUUUGCCAUUGCCACCAAAGAAGGGAAUCUGCCCCAAGUGGAGCGCUUCUUCAAGAUCUUCCCACUGCUGGGUCUGCAUGAGGAGGGCUUAAGCAAGUUCUCAGAAUACCUUUGCAAACAGGUGGCCAAUAAAGCUGAAGAGAAUCUGCUUUUGGUACUAGGGACAGACAUGAAUGAUGGAAGAGCUGCGGUCAUCUUUGCAGAUACACUCACUCUUCUUUUUGAGGGGAUUGCCCGAAUCGUGGAAACCCACCAACCAAUAGUGGAGACCUAUUAUGGGCCAGGGAAACUUUAUACCCUGAUCAAAUAUCUACAGGUGGAAUGUGACAGACAAGUGGAGAAGGUGGUAGACAAGUUCAUCAAGCAAAGGGACUACCACCAGCAGUUCCGGCAUGUCCAGAACAGCUUGAUGAGAAAUUCUACGACAGAAAAAAUCGAACCAAGGGAAUUGGACCCCAUCCUGACUGAGGUCACCCUGAUGAAUGCCCGCAGUGAACUAUAUUUACGCUUCCUCAGGAAGAGGAUCAGCUCUGAUUUUGAGGUGGGGGACUCCAUGGCCUCAGAAGAAGUAAAACAAGAGCACCAGAAGUGUCUGGACAAACUCCUCAAUAACUGCCUAUUGAGCUGCACCAUGCAGGAGCUAAUUGGCUUUUAUAUUACCAUGGAGGAGUACUUCAUGAGGGAGACUGUCAAUAAGGCUGUGGCUCUGGACACCUACGAGAAGGGCCAGCUGACAUCCAGCAUGGUGGAUGAUGUCUUCUACAUUGUUAAGAAGUGCAUUGGGCGGGCUCUGUCCAGCUCUAGUAUCGACUGUCUCUGUGCCAUGAUAAACCUCGCUACCACAGAGCUGGAGUCUGACUUCAGGGAUGUUCUGUGCAACAAGCUGCGGAUGGGCUUCCCAGCCACCACUUUCCAGGACAUCCAGCGCGGGGUGACAAGUGCAGUGAAUAUCAUGCACAGCAGCCUCCAGCAGGGCAAAUUUGACACAAAAGGCAUCGAGAGCACCGACGAGGCCAAGCAGUCCUUCCUGGUAACUCUGAACAACGUGGAAGUCUGCAGUGAAAACAUCUCCACUCUGAAGAAGACACUGGAGAGUGACUGCACCAAGCUGUUCAGCCAGGGCAUUGGAGGGGAGCAGGCUCAGGCCAAGUUUGAGAGCUGCCUUUCUGACUUGGCUGCUGUUUCCAACAAAUUCCAAGACCUUUUGCAGGAAGGGCUGGCAGAGCUCAACAGCACAGCAGUCAAGCCACAGGUGCAGCCUUGGAUCAACACCUUUCUCUCCGUUUCCCACAACAUUGAGGAGGAAGAAUUCAACGACUAUGAAGCCAAUGACCCUUGGGUACAGCAGUUCAUCCUUAACCUGGAGCAGCAAAUGGCAGAGUUCAAGGCCAGCCUGUCCCCAGUCAUCUAUGACAGCCUGACUGGGCUUAUGACCAACCUUGUUGCCGUCGAGUUGGAGAGAGUAGUGCUGAAAUCCACCUUCAACCGGUUGGGCGGUCUGCAGUUUGACAAGGAGCUGAGGUCACUUAUUGCCUACCUUACCACGGUGACCACCUGGACCAUCCGAGACAAGUUUGCUCGGCUCUCCCAGAUGGCCACAAUCCUCAAUCUGGAACGGGUCACCGAGAUCCUAGAUUACUGGGGUGCCAACUCUGGCCCAUUGACAUGGCGCCUUACCCCUGCUGAAGUGCGCCAGGUACUAGCUCUGCGCAUAGACUUCCGCAGUGAGGACAUCAAGAGGCUGCGCCUGUAGCACCCAGGGUGAGCCCACCUGGCCCAUCACACUUCCAGGUUAUUCCCUAAGUGGCCAUAGCCAAGUUGCUGAGCAAGACUAUCUGGUUUGAGGGAGAUCUGACCCCCAGACUGUUCAUGGCUGGCAGCAAGGAAACAAGGCCUAGACUCACUCCUGCUCUGCCCUCAGACCUAGCUAGGUGAUGCUUUGGGGAUAGCCUUUCCCCACCAAGAGAGGUGGACAACUCAUUAGGUGGGAAAUUUUAGGCAGGCAGCAUGCAUCCCAGGCCUGCCUUUUGUAUAGCCCUCAAACACUACAAGAUGCUGCCCCUGCCAGGCUUAGAAGACUUGGGUACAUCUGGGGACCUGGGAAUUACGUUUGACUUUGAGGAAAGACUGUGAUGUUUAUGAUCCCUGAAUAAAGACAUUCCGUGGAGA